CUAGAGUAUUGACUUCCCUUUCCAACAGUUUAAUGUACGAAGAUAAGCUCCGCGAAACUUUAAUUCUAGACAGUGCUCGACAGUUAGGAAAAUGGCGUUCCCCUGGGUGGUAAUUUCAUUUGCGUUUUCUUUGCUAUUGACUCCGUUCCUUAUGUUUUUACUUGCUAUUAUAUUUCUGGCAUCAAUCGGCAAAUCACUCGGUGUUCGAAGAAUAUAUAUAAAACUAUUAUUAGCACUUUUUGAGUUCGGUAGACAAAAUAUAGAAAAAGAAAGAAAUAAAAAUAAUACCUCGGAGGAAGAAGAUGAAUAUGAAUCUAUUUCAAGAAAUAUGAAGAAAAAAUUGGACAAACAUUCUGUGGACAAGGAAUGUCAAAUGCAAAAUGGAGUUGUUAGUAAUAAUCAAGUCAUAGCUAGAUCAACUGAUUUGAUUUUAUUACCAGAACCAGAGAUGCAAAAUAAUAAGAAUCAUACAGAUGAAUAUACAAAUGAGAAAAUUGAAGAAAUUUCAAAGAAUAUAGAUAGUAGUAAGGAGAAUACUCUUAUACGACGCAAUUCUUUUGAAACUCUCAAAAAAGCAUUUGAACCAGCGAUUUGCUUAGAUUACAUCAGAGCCGGAGUAGAAGCCAUUAUCGAAGAUGAAGUAACUUCACGUUUUGAAGCGGAAGAACUAAAGAAUUGGAAUCUUCUCACACGAACAAAUAGGCAUUACGAGUUUAUAUCUUGGAAAUUAACAGUAAUAUGGAUGUUUGGAUUUUUUAUGCGAUAUUGUUUUCUUCUACCUUUGAGAAUACUUAUCUGUUGCAUAGGAGUGAUGUGGCUGACAUUGUGCACAGCAGUAGUGGGCUACGUUCCAGAGGGUAGCUUCAAACGAUGGCUGAACUACAAAGUCUCCAUAAUGUGCUUUGCCGUAUUAUCCAGUGCUUUAUCUUCAGUCAUUACAUACCACCAUCCAGAAAAUCGACCAGUCAGAGGCAUUUGUGUUGCUAAUCACACGUCUCCUAUUGAUGUACUUGUACUUAUGUGUGAUAAUUGCUAUUCCUUGAUAGGUCAGAGGCAUGGUGGAUUCUUGGGUAUUUUACAAAGAGCGCUUGCUCGUGCUUCUCCGCAUAUAUGGUUUGAACGUUCCGAAGUUAAAGAUAGAGAAGCAGUUACAAGAAGAUUAAAAGAACACGUAUCAGAUCCCACAAAUCCACCAAUAUUAAUCUUUCCUGAAGGAACAUGUAUUAAUAACACUUCCGUUAUGCAAUUCAAAAAAGGUAGUUUUGAAGUAGGUGGGGUCAUUUAUCCCGUUGCGAUCAAGUACGAUCCACGAUUUGGUGAUGCAUUUUGGAAUAGCAGUCGUUUUUCAAUGUUACAAUACUUGUAUAUGAUGAUGUCUAGUUGGGCUAUAGUUUGCGAGGUUUGGUAUUUACCUCCAAUGUAUAGAAAUGAAGGGGAAACUGGCAUCGAUUUUGCGAAUAGAGUAAAAUCAGUUAUAGCAAGACAAGGUGGACUUGUUGAUUUACAAUGGGACGGUCAACUUAAAAGAAUGAAACCAAAGAAAGAAUGGAGGGAAAAACAACAAGAAGAAUUCAGUAAACGCUUUAAAGUUGAAUAAACAUACAUUCCUUCUAGUCACAUCAUUUCUUGCAUAGCACGUGAUAAACUUCAUUGAAUCAGAUAUUUUGUUAUCUGCAUUGUUGUUUCACCUACUUGUGUCAUCUUUAUGAAUAUUUAUAACAUCGUGCGCAUAAUUAAUAUUGUAAACGAACUUAUUUGUAUCUUCAAAUAUGGAAUAUUGCACUUUGGUUUACUGUAUUGGAUAUGAUAUGUAGAUUAUCAUCAUAGAGCUUUAUCAGAAUACUAGUAUCUCUAGAGUUGCUUGAUAUAUAUAAUCUUCAAUUACAUC